AUGUUCCAAGGUCUGGUCGGUCAGAAGAACAACGAUCUAGAGUUAGACCGAGCACAUGGAUCCCCUUUUUCUCCAGAGUUGCCUCACAAGUUCAAGAUGCUGACCUGGAAGAUGUAUACUGGGAAGGAAGAUCCCUUGUCACAUCUUAAAUAUUUUGAAAUGCAAAUGGACCUACUAGGAGUACGUGGAGAUGUAUGUUGCAGAGUUUUCCCUGCCACACUCUCAGAAGCCGCCCACCAAUGGUAUUUCAAGUUGACACCAGGAAGGUUCAACUCGUGGAAGGCUUUCUCCUUAGAAUUUCAUGCACAAUUCUCUUCUUCUCGCCAAUGCCUAUUGCAUUUAAAGGACUUGGUCGAAGUGAAGCAAAGGCCAGGAGAACCUCUCCAAGCUUAUAUCAACAGAUUCAUGACAGAGGCGACGAAAAUUGCACGGUUAACCGAAGAAGGGAAAUUAACCGCAAUACUGGGGGGCAUCAAAGUUAUCGGAGAGCUUUGGAAGGACGUCAAGAGAGACGGACCAGUAGAUUCCAUGAGUGACUUCCUCGAUCAUGCAGAUGGUUUCAUCAAGCUUGAAGAGGCCAUUCAGCGAGCAGAAGUCGAGCUUAAACUGAACCAAUCACAAGCUCCCUCUGCUGGAACAUCCGUUCAGCUCCUUCAGUACCCAAUGAAUUCAAGCUCGGACGGUUAA